GUUGUGUUUGGAAUUAACUGUGUUCUAAUCUACUGUCAUAAAUGUAUCCGUAAAUUCGAAUCUUGAACAAAAUGUCAGCAAGGAAAUACAUCUAACCGCUCUCCCCUUUCUCCACCCCUGCCCACGGCCCGCCCCGUACGGUUAUAGCGCACCGAGGACCGUGAUGCUUGCUAGUGGAGUUGAAACAGGGGUACAAUGACCGUAGUUUUGCAAUUAGUUUAGGACAAAUGUAGGUAACUUGCCACAAUGGUCUAACCUGCGAGAGAUGUUUUGUUGUUUUAUCGCCGGGUCACCGCGCUUUUAGUCACGUUUUAUUAUAUUUUAACCCUUGCGUUAUGGUUUCGUAGGAUGGAAGUAGACGACGUGUCGGUUAGAGAGCAACUUUUCCACAACAGAGUGCGAGAGACUUUUAUCUGUGUCCUCCUCUUCACCUGCCUCUACAUUCUGUCCUACCUCAUCCUCACUCACUUCAAGAAGAAUGCGGACUAUGUCACGGAUGACAUUGAAGAUGCGACCGCCAACAAAAUUGCGCUGUGGCUGUGUACGUUUACCCUCUCUGUGGCAGUGUGCGCUGUGCUGCUCCUCCCCAUCUCCAUCCUGUCCAAUGAGGUGCUGCUCAUCUUCCCUCACAGCUACUACAUGCAGUGGCUCAACGGAUCGCUCAUUCACGGCUUAUGGAACCUAGUGUUCCUGUUCUCCAACCUGUCCCUGGUCUUCCUCAUGCCCUUCGCCUACUUCUUCACCGAGUCGGAGGGCUUUGUGGGCUGUAAAAAGGGGGUGAUGGCGCGGGUGUAUGAGACGGCGGUGGUGCUGCUGCUGCUCACUCUGCUGGUGCUGGGCAUGGUGUGGGUGUUUGUGGCCCUGCUUAACAACCACAGCGCCAGGGAGAGCCUCUACGACAUGUGGGAGUACUACCUUCCUUACCUCUACUCUGCCAUCUCUCUGUGUGGAGUGCUGCUGCUGCUAUUGUGCACUCCGUUCGGGCUGUCCCGCAUGUUCAGUGUCACCGGGAGCCUACUGGUCAAACCACGGCUGUUGGAGAAUGUGGAGGUGGAGAUGAACUGUGCUGCGUUUGAGGAGGCUUCGCUCUCCAGGACACUGAACAGGGGUAGCACGGCAUGCUGGGUCAGUGUGAACGUGGAGCCUUUGAGGACGCAGUUCCUCGGCGUCCAGGCCAAACGAAUCGCCCUCGAGAUGCGUAGGAGAGCGUCACCAUGGCAGCGGAACCUGUUCUACCCUCUGGCCAUGCUGCUGCUCCUAGCUCUAACGGUGGCCUGUGUGUUGAUGGUUUGUUUCCAUGUUCUGGAGCUCCUGUUCGACGAGACGGCCAUGCCUAGUGGAAUGCAGGACCCUCGCCUGGGGACGGCUUCCUUCUCCAUGUUUGGUUCUCUGGGAGCAGCAGUACAGGUGGUCCUCAUCCUGUACCUGAUGGUGUCGUCUGUGGUGGGCUUCUACAGCUCUCCUCUCUUCACCUCCCUGCUGCCCCGCUCUCAGGACACCAACCUCACACAGAUCAUUGGGAACUGUGUGUCUCUUCUGGUCCUCAGCUCAGCACUGCCGGUCUUCUCUCGCACUCUGGGGAUCACACGGUUUGACCUGCUGGGAGACUUUGGGAGAUAUAACUGGCUGGGGAACUUCCACAUAGUGUUCCUGUACAACAUUCUGUUUGCUGGCCUCACCUCUGCCUGCCUCAUCAACACUCUCACCUGGGCUGUGCAGGGAGAACUCAUACGUGCCUUCGGUCUCCACAAACUUCCUCUGACAGUGUCCCGCACAACCAUCCCCCUCAAGCUCCUCCUGGCAAAUGGCCUGUCAAAGAUCCAGUGACUGACAUUCCCUUGACCAAUCAACCGUGAUCUUUAAUCCCGACUGGGACCUGAGCCCCCUGGAUAGCAUUCCCAUUGGACCAAAGGCACCUUGUCUUCAGUCCUCCAGUCAAUCUGUGUCUGGAUCACCAAGAUGAAGAGACCGGAGUGGAGGAUUAGAAGUGCAGUUUGGACAAUGACGCAGUAGAGCUCUGCUCACUGACCAAUACAAGUUGACUUGGGGAACCAACUUAAACGGUCUCGCUUUUUGACUACAGUACUGGGGUUCUAUUGAAAUCACUGUGUGCAGUAAUCUGAGGCAAAAAUGAUCAAUUCUGGAACUGCUAAAAUAUUCUAGAACUGAAGAAGAGAUCUUAUCAGGGUUUUUGGGUCAUGGCUGGAAGGGAUUCAACUUUUGUCAGAUAUUACUUUUCGUAGCAGGUUAGGAGAAUGAGUUUAAGGUUAGGAGAAGGGUUGGGAUUAGUUCAAAUGUUAAAAAAAAAUCUGCUUUUGACGUUAAUUUGAGAAAAGCUGGGUCCCUUCUAGCCAUGACCGGGUUCUUGUUGACCUUGUGACAUCAUACAGUACAUCCUGGAUGUCCUAAUGCCUUAUGAGAAACUCACAAUGGGUUCGAGAGGUGGAGGUGGGACCGACUUACUUUGCUCUUUGGACACGCACGUGUAAAAGUCAGCAAAUCUAUUUUGGAACAUUACGUUGCAACUGACAUUUCCUUUUCCUGAUCAGGGGUUGAGCGGUUGAGUCCUCUCUCUGCCUCCCCUCUCCCCACGCCUUCCUCUCUCUCUCUCAUGUAAGACUACUAUUUCUGGGCCUCACUCCUUUGAAUCCCACUUCCAUGUCUUUUUAAGACUCCUUGUCUGUCUGUAAUGGUGUUGUGUYCGUUAAUGAGAGGAUGUUUUUAAACCUGGGUAUUUUACAUGCCUUGACCUUCACAUAGUGGAGGAAGAGAAGGGGACAGGACAGGGUUGUGUUCAUUAGGUUACGGUUUAAAGCAUUUUACAACAAAAAAUGAGCAUUUCAGUUCUCUUCCGUUUGGUGCCGGACGAACACAACCCAGGAUUUGUUUUAAACUGAUAACAUUGAAUUAGUGAACAAUGUAAGAAAAGAUACCUGAACACAAAGGGGAAAAUAGAAAAGGGAGGUUGUUAUUGGUUGUAUAAUGGCAUUUCUGUUCCCUUUUUAAAGGAGCUUCCUUAAUGCAAAGUAACACUCACUUGUGUGUGUCCUGCCUUGGACCAAUCAUACUGUGAAUUGUUUGUUAAUGUUCAAGUGCAAUACUGUUUACGCUCCACUGUCAAUUCCAAUGACGUGUUUUUCCUGAACUUUUAUAUUAGAAUAAUAUAAAUGAAUGAUCUCUAGCGGUUUUUAUUUUUUAGAUCUCUUUAUGGUGAUCCUGUGUCAUGCUUUUCCUUUGCUGUAUCAGCAUGUAUGUUAAGUUGUUUUAAUUGUUGUUAUUAUAAGCUGUUAGACAAUCAGUUCCUUUCUCUGUCGCCAGCAGGGGGCAGGGUCUCCCAAACUCACCGGCAGCCUUCUGACGCUUGCCCUGAGGUUCCGUCAGAGAACCUUCUAUCCUUAGGGCAAUGGUUCUGUUUGGUCAGUCAUUGCACAUAGCGUUUACUCAUUUCAUGUCGCGUAACAAGUCUUUUGAAUCUAUUGUUUGGGGAGCAAACUGUUUUUUAUGGUUUACUUUUAGUGCUCUAAAAUGUUUUGAUGUUGUAAAAUGUUUAUUU